CGCUGGAUCACGCGCACCCGGGCGGCCAAGGCUGGGCCCAGCCAAUGGGCUGGCGGCGCUCGCAUGACCCGCGCCGGCGGGAGGGCGUGGGGAGGCAGGCCAGGCGCGCACGCUGUCUGGCCGUGUCGCCGCCCCGCCGCAGCCGGGACUGGAAGUGAGCCGCCUGGGCCCCGAGCGCCAGCCAGCCAGUGAGUGGGUCCCGCAGCCGAAAGCACCCGGGGCGAAGUAUGGCUGCCGCUAAGGUGGCUUUAACCAAGAGAGCAGAUCCAGCUGAGCUUAGAACAAUAUUUUUGAAGACAGAAUUUCAGUCUUGUUAUCCAGGUUGGAGUGCAAUGGCGUGAUCUUGGCUCACUGCAACCUCCACGUCCCGGGUUCAAGUGAUUCUCCUGCCUCUGGCUCCUGAGUAGCUGGGAUUACAGGCCUGCACCACUAAGCCCAGCUAAUUUUGUAUUUUUAGUAGAGACAUGGUUUCACCAUGUUGAUCAGGCUGGUUUCAAACUCCUGACAUCAGUAUGCAAGCAUUGAGAAAAAUGGUGAAUUUUUCAUGUCCCCCAAUGACUUUGUCACUCGAUACUUGAACAUUUUUGGAGAAAGCCAGCCUAAUCCAAAGACUGUGGAACUUUUAAGUGGAGUGGUGGAUCAGACCAAGGAUGGAUUAAUAUCUUUUCAAGAAUUUGUUGCCUUUGAAUCUGUCCUGUGUGCCCCUGAUGCUUUGUUUAUGGUAGCCUUUCAGCUGUUUGACAAAGCUGGCAAAGGAGAAGUAACUUUUGAGGAUGUUAAGCAAGUUUUUGGACAGACCACAAUUCAUCAACAUAUUCCAUUUAACUGGGACUCAGAAUUUGUGCAACUACAUUUUGGAAAAGAAAGAAAAAGACACCUGACAUAUGCGGAAUUUACUCAGUUUUUAUUGGAAAUACAAUUAGAGCAUGCAAAACAAGCCUUUGUGCAACGGGACAAUGCUAGGACUGGGCGAGUCACAGCCAUCGACUUCCGAGAUAUCAUGGUCACCAUCCGCCCCCAUGUCUUGACUCCUUUUGUAGAAGAAUGUCUAGUAGCUGCUGCUGGAGGUACCACAUCCCGUCAAGUUAGUUUCUCCUAUUUUAAUGGAUUUAAUUCACUCCUUAACAACAUGGAACUCAUUAGAAAGAUCUACAGCACUCUGGCUGGCAACAGGAAAGAUGUUGGGGUGACUAAAGAGGAGUUUGUUCUGGCAGCUCAGAAAUUUGGUCAGGUUACACCCAUGGAAGUUGACAUCUUGUUUCAGUUAGCAGAUUUAUAUGAGCCAAGGGGACGUAUGACCUUAGCAGACAUUGAACGGAUUGCUCCUCUGGAAGAGGGAACUCUGCCCUUUAACUUGGCUGAGGCCCAGAGGCAGCAGAAGGCCUCCGGUGAUUCAGCUAGACCAGUUCUUUUACAAGUUGCAGAGUCGGCCUACAGGUUUGGUCUGGGUUCUGUUGCUGGAGCUGUUGGAGCCACUGCUGUGUAUCCUAUCGAUCUUGUAAAAACUCGAAUGCAGAACCAACGAUCAACUGGCUCUUUUGUGGGAGAACUCAUGUAUAAAAACAGCUUUGACUGUUUUAAGAAAGUGCUACGCUAUGAAGGCUUCUUUGGAUUGUACAGAGGUCUGUUGCCGCAGUUAUUGGGAGUUGCCCCAGAGAAGGCCAUAAAACUUACAGUGAAUGAUUUUGUGAGGGAUAAAUUUAUGCACAAAGAUGGUUCGGUCCCACUUGCAGCAGAAAUUCUUGCUGGAGGCUGUGCUGGAGGCUCCCAGGUGAUUUUCACAAAUCCUUUAGAAAUCGUCAAGAUCCGUUUGCAAGUGGCCGGAGAAAUCACCACUGGUCCGCGAGUCAGUGCCCUCUCUGUUGUGCGGGACCUGGGGUUCUUUGGGAUCUACAAGGGUGCCAAAGCAUGCUUUCUGCGGGACAUUCCUUUCUCGGCCAUCUACUUUCCAUGCUAUGCUCAUGUGAAGGCUUCCUUUGCAAAUGAAGAUGGGCAGGUUAGCCCAGGAAGCCUGCUCUUAGCUGGUGCCAUAGCUGGUAUGCCUGCGGCAUCUUUAGUGACCCCUGCUGAUGUUAUCAAGACGAGAUUACAGGUGGCUGCCCGGGCUGGCCAAACCACUUACAGCGGAGUGAUAGACUGCUUUAGAAAGAUACUGCGGGAAGAAGGCCCAAAAGCUCUGUGGAAAGGAGCUGGUGCUCGUGUAUUUCGAUCCUCACCCCAGUUUGGCGUAACUUUGCUGACUUAUGAAUUGCUACAACGAUGGUUCUACAUUGAUUUUGGAGGAGUAAAACCCAUGGGAUCAGAGCCAGUUCCUAAAUCCAGGAUCAACCUGCCUGCCCCGAAUCCUGAUCACGUUGGGGGCUACAAACUGGCAGUUGCUACAUUUGCAGGGAUUGAAAACAAAUUUGGACUUUACCUACCUCUCUUCAAGCCGUCAGCAUCUACCUCAAAGGCUAUUGGUGGAGGCCCAUAGAAAGACCAGCCCUGGGAUAGUGCUGUCUUUUUGUGGGUACUACAGUAAAGAACAUCUCCUGGGAGUGAAGCAACACUUCAUACCUUUCACAUCCAUCUCUUGUUCAAAUUCAAGCCCAGGCUUUUUAUCAUAUGAAAUCAUUUAUUUUCUGUGUGUUUUCUUAACCAGAUCAUUGUAAAAUUAUUCAUAAUGAUUCUUUGGCCCUCUUCCCAGAAACCUUUGCAUCUGACAAUUGCUGGGAUUUGGUCAACACUAACAUGAUUUGGGGAAAGGAGCAAGUCAGAAUAGAAAUUACUACUCCCCUCCUUGAACUAGGAUUGUAGUCCCAAAAAGGCUACUGUAAGGCAAUCACGGUGCUCCAAGCAGUAUUCUGUGUGUGUGUUUUAAACUGGUAGGAAGCUGGAUGCAUGUUUAUAAAAAUAAAAACACUGGAAGAAAUGAAAAAAUAUAUGUCAGAAAUAUUCAGCCUGGCACAAAUUCUUUCUCUGGAUUAUAUUAUGAAGGUUUUAUGUGAAACAUGCUUCUUUGUAAUGAAAACCACAUUGAAGAUGUUUAGUAAUCAUAUUCUGUUACUGGUACCAAGACUACCACUAGGGAAAUGCCUUUGUACUUUAGGGAAGUACUUUUGGCAUUUUAUUAUAUAGACAGAAAAACUGAGAUGUAGCCCCUCUCCUGGAAAUAUUAAUUUUGAAAAACUGCUCAUGUGAUGCACAUGUACUGAUUACUGCCUGUUUUAAUAAACACUCUUGAAAAAUGCAUGUUACCCUAUUGCUGUCUGCCCCAUUCCCCUCAUCUCCCCAUCACUGGCACCCAUUUGCUUUUAAAAUCCACUUUAUCUUGAAUCAUGUAAGACAGAUAUAUUCUGAUACAAAUAUUUAAUCCAUGGUGCCUUGCAUAAUGGUCAGAGGCGCAUGAGUUUGUGAAGGUGGAAAUAAACUAUUUGUAAAGUGA